AUGGUCUUUUUCGGUGCAACUCUGGUACGACACAUUCGGCACCACAAGUCGGCGGCAUUUCAGAUUGCAGAGUCCGCCAUUUUAGCUAAGAAAAUAACCCUAGCUUCGUCAGCGAGCACCGGGAACAGAGGUCAGUUGCAGUUUGGAAUUCAGUUUGUUCGCGAAUAUUCGAGAGCGUCGAAAAUGAGUACUUUGCCUAGAGUAUUUUUCGAUAUGACCGCCGAUGGGGAGCCCCUCGGUAGGAUUAUCAUGGAGCUGCGCUCCGAUGUGGUACCCAAGACUGCCGAAAAUUUCCGUGCCCUGUGCACUGGCGAGAAGGGCUUUGGCUACAAGGGCUCCAUUUUCCAUCGCGUUAUUCCCAACUUCAUGUGCCAAGGAGGCGACUUCACCAACCACAACGGCACUGGCGGCAAGUCCAUCUACGGCAACAAGUUCCCCGAUGAGAACUUCCUGCUGAAGCACACCGGCACUGGCAUUCUGUCGAUGGCCAAUGCGGGCGCCAACACCAAUGGAUCCCAGUUCUUCAUUUGCACCGUGAAGACCGCUUGGUUGGACAACAAGCAUGUUGUCUUCGGCGAGGUUGUUGAGGGCUUGGACAUUGUCAAGAAGAUUGAAUCUUUUGGCUCUCAGUCCGGCAAGACCUCCAAGAAGAUCAUGGUGGCUAACAGUGGUUCUCUUUAAACAGCAACAACAACAACAAAAUCCAAUAACAACAACACCAUUACAACAACAAAAAGCGGAAAAAUGUGUUAAGACGAAAACCAUUUGCAUUUUCUCCACAACAAUUUUUUUUACGAAUUACUUGUAAUAUUACGAAAUACAAUACAACAAGAAAUAAUAUUUUCAAUAGACCUUGUUCGAAUGUUUCCCCCAGUGGGACAGCACUCCCAGAGAUUCUUUAAAUAUGUAUAUUAUAAUGGGUUGGCACGCCGUUAAAAAUUGAGUGCAAGAGAAGAUAUCUGAUAUAUUCGUUUGGCUUCUAGCAUAUAAGAGAAGAUAAAACAUAUACCAUAGAUAUAUAGAAGAAGCUUCUACGGGUUGUCGUCCCUCAAUUCUAAAGGCAGUUGCCGGCCGGCGUUGUGUCUCGCGGGAGAGAGUUGUGUGUAUUGUAGAUUUCAUUCUAGUUCAAAUGUCGGAGUAAUAAAUAGUAAUAAAAUAGUUGAAAAAAAA